UUGGUUGGCCGGCUGCAGCCGGAAGUCGGAAGGUUUGGGGUCCGAAGACGCCGGCUUGUGACAGGGGAGAAGGAGGCCUACGAGAGGGUUGCCUCUCCGUCCCUUGGCUCCCGGGGACCCUCGGGAAAAACCCAGUGCCCCGACCCUGCGGCCGGCCCCUUCCCCUAGGCUCUCUCCGCUCGAUUUCGCCACCGCUAUGUGGGAAGCGAAUCCGCCUGAUGUGCAGGAAGUAUCGUUGUCUGCCAGUUAACCAGAAGAUCAAGCAGAGUAUGGCACCCUGGCUGACCGAACCCAUCUCACUGACAUUUAUUGACUGCCUCCCCACUGGUGGACAGCUUGCACAUGCUGCUUUCAUUGCCUAUAAAUGUAUUAUAACCUCGAUACAUUACUUCCGUGGUUACAGUGUUUUAAAGGAGAUGUUUCACAAAGCGGAAGAAUUCUUCUCCAAGACGACAGACAGCGAGGUGGAUGAGAUGGACACGUCAGACACACAGUGGGGCUGGUUUUACUUGGCGGAGUGCGGCAAGUGGCACAUGUUUCAGCCGGAUACCAACAUUCAGUGUUCAGUUAGCAGUGAAGAUAUCGAAAAAAGCUUCAAAGCAAACCCUUGUGGCUCCAUUUCUUUUACCACUUCCAAAUUCAGCUACAAGAUAGACUUUGCAGAAAUGAAGCAGAUGAACCUCACCACGGGAAAGCAGCGCUUAAUAAAAAGAGCCCCCUUUUCCAUCAGUGCUUUCAGUUACAUCUGUGAGAAUGAGGCCAUCCCCAUGCCGCCACACUGGGAGAACGUGAACACCGAGCUGCCCUACCAGCUUAUUCCUUUGCACACUCAGACACACGAAUACAAUGAAGUCGCUAGUCUCUUUGGGAAAACAAUGGACCGCAACAGAAUCAAAAGGAUUCAGAGAAUUCAAAACCUAGACUUGUGGGAGUUCUUCUGCAGGAAAAAGGCUCAGCUCAAGAAAAAGAGAGGCGUGCCUCAGAUUAAUGAACAAAUGCUGUUCCAUGGCACCAGCAGUGAGUUCGUGGAGGCGAUUUGCAUUCACAACUUUGACUGGAGAAUCAACGGCAUCCACGGUGCUCUCUUUGGAAAAGGAACCUAUUUUGCUCGAGAUGCUGCUUACUCCAGCCGCUUCUGCAAAGAUGACGUAAAGCACGGCAACACAUUCCAGAUCCACGGGGUCAGCCUGCAACAGCGGCAUCUGUUCCGAGCACACAAAUCCAUGUUUCUCGCCCGAGUGCUGAUUGGAGACUACAUAAACGGAGACUCCAAAUACAUGCGCCCUCCCUCCAAAGAUGGCAGCUAUGUAAACUUGUAUGACAGCUGCGUGGAUGACACCUGGAAUCCCAGGGUCUUUGUGGUGUUCGACGCCAACCAGAUCUACCCCGAGUACCUGAUAGACUUUCACUGAUUUCACAUCUAAGUCUCUGCGGUUGAGGGAGCUAUAUUCUUUUUCGCAGGGAGGUCUGCUCACUGAUCAUCUAGCCACUCAGUGUUAGUGCUCUGGUCCUUUCGAAGCAGAAAGAGGCCUCUCUAUAAAAAGAUACACUGACUCUAUGGUUGGUUUGUUGUCCUGUUUCCGUUUGUCACUGAUGUUCUGUUAAAGCGCAAUAUCACUGCUAUUUAAGGGCGGCGCUCAAAAUGGAAUCGUCUGAGUCACUCCAUCUUUAAAGUUUACAUGUGUGUCUUCAGGGUGAAUGUUUUCAGUUCAAGUAGACUUAUUCCUAUAGAUGAUCAAAAAAUAAAAAUGUAGACAUGAAAGUGUCCCUUCAGAGGAACUUAGCCUUUGUAAACGAAUUCUGAAAUGAUCAUCCACUGAUCUAUGUGUUACUUUGUUAGUCUUUGGGAGGGUGGGAGGCAGUUUAAAACCUUGAAGCAGCCUGAGUAACUUGAGAGAAAUCAGACACAAAAGAAUCAUGGCAGUGCUGCCAAGCAGGCCAGAAGGAGAGGAUCAGGUCAAGGUACCCUCUCCUGCUGCCUUUGGGAGAGGCAAAGAGUCACCACAGGCUAUGACUGGCCUUGCUCACCUCUUCUGCCUUCUGCAGCCCAACUGACUGCAGUCAGCAGGCACCUCAUCCCCCAGAGCUCCCCACUUCUUGUACCUAGACUCACUGCACAAAGUAUUUAUUGCAUCUUCAAAAGGAAAUUUUACUUUUUACAACACAUGUUCUUAUUGUUCAGUCGCUCAGUCAUGUCCAACUCUUUGUGACCCCAUGAACUGCAGGACGCCAGGCUUCCCUGUCCUUCACUGUCUCCCAGAAUUUGCUCAAACUCAUGUCCAUUGAGUCAGUGAUGCCAUCCAGCCAUCUCAUCCUCUGUUUCCCCCUUCUGCCCUCAAUCUCUCUCAGCAUCAGGGUCUUUUCCAAUGAAUGGGCUCUUCACAUCAGGUGUUCAAAGUAUUGGAGCUUCAGCAUCAGUCCUUCCAAUGAAUAUGCAGGGUUGGUUUCCUUUAGGAUUGAUUGGCUUGAUCUCCUUGCUGUCCAAGGGACCCUCAAGAGUCUUCUCUAGCACCAAGCACAUACUUUCCCUUUGUUUCAGGGCCUUACAGUGAUUACUUCUAAGAGAUUUUUAAUCCGAUCCUCCCCCCACCAAAUGCACAGCUAUUCAGCUAUGAUAUAUAAAACCCACACUUCUAAAUUCCCCAAGUUUGAAUCAUUGCAGAAAGCCUGGGAUGCUUGCAACAAAUCUGAUUUGUUCUUUUGAGUAGCAGUAGACAGUCUACUCACUGUCUUGAAAAAUUAGGUACAAUUCAUAAUCGUGCUCAGUGAAGUUUGUUUACCUGCUCCAUCUGCCUGGCUGUUCUAUUUUAAGGAGGAAUAAGUGACGUUGGAAGAACUUCCUGCCCCUAAGGCUAUUCUAGCAGAGAUAGGACAGCAACUUGGCAGAGAUGCUACAUAGGUUCAGGUGUUGGGUGGAGGAUUUGGUCAUAUGAUUGUUAAAAGAGUUUUUCCAGCCUUGAUUUUCUGUGGUUAUACCUGGGGGGUGGGGGUGGGGAAGAACACUGGUAUCCUUUUUUUUUUUUUAGAGUUUUGCCAACUCCUAGAUUGAUUUAUUUAUUUUCUGUCUGUAUUUCGAGGGCAUGUGGAAUCCUGGUUCUUGGACUAGGGAUUGAAGCCACACCCCCCUGCCUUAGAAGAGCAGAGUCUUGCCACCACACCACCAGAGAAAUCCCCAGAAUACUGGUAUCUUUCCUGGAAAACCUUUUUCAAACUCACUUUGGUACUAAAUUCUAUCUCCAUUGCUGCUGCUGCUGCUGCUGCUAAGUCACCUCAGUCGUGUCUGACUCUGUGUGACCCCAUAGACAGAAGCCCACCAGGCUCCUUCGUCCCUGGGAUUCUCCAGGCAAGAACACUGGAGUGGGUUGCCAUUGCCAGUUCCUUCUCCAAUGCAUGAAAAUGAAAAGUGAAAGGGAAGUCGCUCAGUUGUGUCUGACUCUUAGCAACCCCAUGAACUGCAGCCUACCAGGCUCCACCGUCCAUGGGAUUUUCCAGGCAAGAGUACUGGAGUGGGUUGCCAUUGCCUUCUCCGUCCAUCUCCAUUACCUUCACCCAAUUUGGGCUGAAAGGUAGUGAAGGUAAUUUAACUUCUCAAGAAAAAUCCAGUAAAAGUCCACAACUGGGACACUUAGCUCUGUCACUUGAACUGCAAAGACGUCAUACAAAUAAGGCAUAGGGAGCAGGUUAGGUGAGGUGGUUCUUCAGCUGCCACCUCCCCCAGACUUGCUGCAGCCCUGAGGGCAUGUGACUGUACCGAGUCAGUCACGCAUACAGACACCUGGUACACAGGAAGCUGUGUCCAGUGCAUUGAAGCCAAGUGAGAGCAAAGAGUCUCUGACUCUGAUGUGCAGACAAACAGCCGGUUUUGGCGAAGUGCUGUUCUAGAAAGGACACAUUUUAUAAACAUGUGGAAGUCACUGUGGAAAUACAGGAGAGAAAGUCAGCAGGCUGCUGCCUUGUGGGAGGUGGCUCACCACUGCUCCAGACUCGCUCACAAAAACCAGCUCAGAGACAGCAGGAAGGCAGACACUGAAAGUCUUUUUCUUCUACCUGUUUGUUACUUACAUACAAACUGAUGUUCAGACAGUUCCCAAUUCAACACGGCUAUCUUUUCCAGUUUAAUUCGAUGGCUUCCCCAGUGCUUGAAUGGAAUAACUUGCAGAUUUUAUCUCAGUUGGUAAAGAAUCUGUCUGCAAUGCAGGAGACCUGGGUUCGAUGUCUGGGUCAGGAAGAUCUGCGGGAGAAGGGAUAGGCUACCCACUUCAGUAUUCUUGGGCUUCCCUUGUGGCUCAGCUAGUAAAGAAUGUGCCUGCAAUGCAGGAGACCUGGGUUUGAUCCCUGGGUGGGGAAGACCCCCCUGGAGAAGGGAAAGGCUACCCACUCCAGUAUUCUGGCCUGGAGAAUUCCAUGGACUGUAUAGUCCAUGGCAUUGCAAAGAGUAGGACUUGACUGAGCAACUUUCACUUUCACUUUCAUUGGCAGGCGACUCAAGAGACAUGGUUUCGAUCCCUGGGUUUUGGAAAGAUCCCCUGGAGAAGGAAAUAGCAACCCACUCCGGUAUUCUUGCCUGGAAAAUCCCAUGGACAAAGGAGUCUGGUGGGCUACAGUCCAUGGGGGUCACAGAAAGACAGGACUGACUGCAUGCGUGCAUGCGUGCGCACGCACACACACACACACACACACACACACACACACACACAACUUCUGGACAUUAGCCAAUCUGACCUCCAGGAGACUAAGAGGCUGAGGUUGAAACUUGCAAGGCAACCCCCCAAGUGAACUCUGAACUUCACUAGCUAGCACCUCUGUGGAGGCAGAGUGCCGUGAAAUAGACAUUGUAAGAGAGAACUGUGCUGUUAUUCUUGUCUGAGGUCGUACUCCAAAUCCUCUUUCAUAAGAAAGACCUGAUUUUGAUGAACUUCUUAAACGUGAUCGUGUUGAGUUCAUUGAUGUUAGUGUCCUCUUUGUUGUGAUCAGUAGACUGAUUUGAGAAUUGUAUCAUCACUGUGUAAUAAGACCGGACACCACUGUUUGCCAUCUUUUCCUCUUGUCAGCGUGUGUGUGGGGGGUUGGGGGAGAGGGAAUCCAUUCCAGAUUCAUGAAUAAAUGAUUUUAAAAAUUC